GGCGCGGGGACCCGGCGCGGAGCGGCGCGGAGACCCAGCUCCCCUUUCCGCCUGACGCACCUGCUUUGCUUUAACCUGCCCGGGCCGUUCGCAAAGAUUCGUGUUCCUUUUUUCCCGUUAAUUCUACUAUUACAUGCAACUGUUAUCUUUGAACCAACUGAAAAAAAAUAUAUAUAUAUCAAAGAAACUCUACAAAACGUGCAUUUAAGCCAAAGGAAGAGCUGCGAGCUGUGAUUUAGGGUGGUAGGUGCCCCGGCAGCCGCCCCUCCGCUGCGCGCCCUGCCCUGCGGUGCGCCGUGGCUGGCCGGACGGGCGAUGUGUGCCCGCGCGGGGACCGGAGCGCUCAAACAAACCGAGUGCCAGCAGGGCAGAGAUGCCACCUCUCACGACCAUGAACCAGGCCCCUAAAAAUACAUUGCUCUGUUUAACCUAACUGCAGAAAUCCAUUGCCCAAAGAAUUAUCAGAAUAAGUACUUGUAACGGUAAGGACCACGUGAAUCACUCAGCGCUCCAAAAGCAAUUUUUUUCCCACAGAACAAAUUAAGCCUGCUGACAGUAGCCUUUUCUCUGAGCUACCUUUUCCAAGUAGCUGGCGUGAACACCACUCGCACGCGGUGUGUACAGCCUGAUUUUUGUAAAACAGACGAUUUCCAAAGAGACAUUUGAAAGACAUUUUCUCACUCAAAAUCAAUUAUAGCUAAGUGAUACACUAUACACGUAUACAUUUUUUUGGUCAACGUGUUGCCUACAAAGUCAGUCUGCAUUUGACAGAUGAAAUUUGGACUUGAGAAACUUAGGUGAAGAAACCAGAUCUGUUGUUUCAUGCAGAAUUGCAGCAUCUUAAUCAAAAGAGCAUCAGCAUAACCUGAAUUCAUCAUUUUUUGACAGAAAAUCUGAAAAAGAGAUUCUGCCUAACUGAAAAAGAAAAACAGCAGCAAUAAAAAAAAAUUAAUGGAUGGCAUCUCCCUCCAAAGUUAAAAAAAAUAAAUAAAAAUCAAAGUCUGGCUUGCAGUAGAGUUUGUGAGAAGCAAUGUUUCCUGCCUCACUCUCCAAAGUUAAGAAAUCAUAAAUUAGAUUACAGUCAUUAAGAAACAAGAAAAUAGCAUUGGAAGGGUGGUAAGGGAAGGAUUUUGUGAUGAUGCAGUACUAACCACAGCUUGAAUUUGUGGCUGUAGAUGAGCAGUCGCCUGAAGCCAUCAGAAACCGGAGCUGCUACAGAAAAAGCCAUUGCAGUGAGAGACCACGCAAGUGCUGUGCUGGCAUGUGCUAGGCAAGGAGAAGAGUGAAGGGUCAGAUAGAUGAGAGCAGGAUUUUGGAGAGUAAUUUGCAGAAAAUAAAAUUCAGGUGGCUCCAAGGAAGUUCUCCGUGAUUUUGCAUUUAGUGAAGCAUGGAAGGAGAGCGGUAUCUCACUCAUUAGCAGGCAUUAAGAACAGAUGAGACAAAUUGCUCCUGCGUGUACCCUAGGUACAUCCCACCCCACUGGUCCCCCGUGACCACAGAGGUCACAUGACAAGAGUUGGUGGCAGUCAACUUGGAGAGUUACAGUCAAAAUACAGCUGAGUAGCACAAAUAUUGUUUCACGUGGUAUCACGCAUGAAGUCCCGGGGGGGACUUCUUGGUGGCUGCUGUACCCAUGCUUGCCAGUCUCCAAGGUGACUGGUCCUGUGGUCCCUCGAGGACCUGCAUUUCUGUGGCGUUACCUAGGGGCUCGGGGCAGGGUCCUGUCCCCCUUGCCAAGGCGCUGUAUAACUGCUGCUGAAGGACAACCAUUGCACAAGAGGGCUAAAACCGACCAGAGACUGAACAGAUGAAGGAAAGGGGAGGGAAGGAUGAUAUAAGGUAUAAGCAAAUGGCACUGGGACAGAAUUACUUCAGCUUUGCUAAAUAUAUGCUUCCCCUUGAUUUCAUGCCUAACUUUGGGCUGUGAUAAGGGCCCUAAGUCAAAGCUUGCUUUGCCUGUGCUGUGUCAAACGCGCGCCGAGGGGUCGUGUUUAUUGGUACCUGCCCUAAAAAGCCAGGAUGCCGAGGGACUUCAUCGAUUAUCUCAGCUUACUGUAAAAUAUAAAGAUUAUUCCUCCUAAUUUUUGUUCGGUUAUAAAAUAAUUAAAUUAGAAGGGCCUUCCUUCAGAAGCUAAGAACUUCCCUUCUUCCCUUGGUAACGUCUGGCGCUGGAGCUUUCGUGCACCCAGGCGGCAGCACAGCUCCCCGGGACGCUCAGCCCAAAAAGACGAGGCUUUUCCCUUUCCUAAUUUUCAGCCCAGCCUGCUCCCCUCCGGCUGUUAACCGGGGGCGCGAAACAAGCCCCGCUCCGGGACCUCUGCCCCGGGAGCUGCUCGCUCGCUCAGCGGGGUCGGGAAUUGUCCCUCCUGCGGCGCCGCGAGCUGCGGCGAGAGGAAGCCCAGAGGCUCCUGCCACCUAGCAGGUCGUAGUCGCGCUCUCCAGACAUUCGAGCGGGCUUAACGAGCCCGUAGGGACUGAAACAAUAACAUCUCUGUAGCUAAUGCUUGCUGAAAGCGAAAGGCGGAUUACAAAACAGGCUGUUUAUUUUUAAUUAUUCAUGUGUUUGAAGUGGAAAACCUUCACGGAGCUACGCGUUGUUUGGCAGGGAUGGGAAGAAGGUGAACGGUUCGGCGAUGGUAUUAAAAGCCAUAAUUACUCAUUCCAGCCACAGCCUUUUAUUUAUUUAUUUAUUUAUUUUCGUUUUUCCCCCUUCAAGUGUAUUCCUAAAGUUUUCCCAAGUUUUCCCAAGCGCACGCGCUGGUGGGGAGGCGAACGGACGCUUCAAGCGGCGCUUUUAAUUUUCAAGGGCGGUAAAGCGCUUUAUUUUUAGGAUGCUCUUACAGAGGAAGGAAUCUCGGGCAGUUCUUAUCUCUCGGCUAAUAAUAGCGACCUCGCUCGCCCCGCGCGGCCGCCGCACUGCCGUCCCUCGGUCGCCGGCUGCUCCGAACCGCCAUCGCCUUAAAGCCUCCAAAACUGCAGACUCCUAGUAAGUCGGAGAACACCUGCUGACGGGGCACAAAGUAGCCGUAAAAAUCCUGAACAGACAGAAAAUACGCAGCCUGGAUGUGGUUGGGAAAAUCAAACGAGAAAUUCAAAACCUAAAACUCUUCCGGCACCCCCAUAUCAUCAAACUGUACCAAGUCAUCAGCACUCCCACUGACUUCUUCAUGGUGAUGGAAUACGUGUCCGGCGGUGAAUUAUUUGAUUACAUCUGUAAGCACGGGCGGGUCGAAGAGGCAGAGGCGAGGCGCCUCUUCCAGCAGAUCCUCUCCGCGGUGGAUUACUGCCACAGGCACAUGGUUGUCCACAGAGACCUGAAACCGGAGAACGUGCUGCUGGAUGCGCACAUGAACGCAAAGAUAGCCGAUUUCGGCUUGUCCAACAUGAUGUCAGACGGCGAAUUUCUACGAACCAGCUGUGGUUCUCCAAAUUACGCAGCCCCCGAAGUCAUCUCUGGAAGGUUGUAUGCCGGCCCAGAGGUGGACAUCUGGAGCUGCGGUGUCAUCCUCUACGCCCUCCUUUGCGGCACGCUCCCCUUUGACGACGACCACGUCCCCACUCUCUUCAAGAAGAUCCGAGGCGGUGUGUUUUACAUCCCCGAAUACCUCAAUCGCUCGGUCGCCACUCUCCUCAUGCACAUGCUGCAAGUCGACCCACUCAAACGAGCAACCAUCAAGGAUAUCAGGGAACAUGAGUGGUUUAAAGAAGAGCUGCCCAGUUACCUGUUCCCAGAGGAUCCUUCCUACGAUGCCACCGUCAUCGACGACGACGCCGUUCGGGAAGUCUGCGAGAAGUUUGAGUGCACCGAGUCGGAGGUGAUGAACAGCCUGUACAGUGGCGACCCGCAGGACCAGCUAGCGGUCGCCUACCACCUGAUCAUCGACAACCGGAGGAUCAUGAACCAAGCCAGCGAGUUCUACCUGGCCUCCAGCCCUCCCACCGGCUCCUUCAUGGACGACAGCACCAUGCACAUCCCGCCUGGCGUGAAGCCACACCCCGAGCGCAUGCCACCUCUGAUAGCAGACAGCCCCAAAGCACGGUGUCCUUUGGAUGCCCUCAAUACUACCAAGCCAAAACCCUUGACUGUUAAAAAGGCCAAGUGGCACCUGGGAAUCCGCAGCCAAAGCAAACCCUAUGACAUUAUGGCCGAAGUGUACCGCGCGAUGAAACAGCUGGAUUUUGAGUGGAAGGUCGUGAACUCCUACCAUCUUAGAGUGCGUCGGAAGAACCCGGUGACGGGGAACUACGUGAAAAUGAGCUUACAGCUCUACCAGGUUGAUAACCGCAGCUACCUUUUGGACUUUAAAAGCAUCGACGAUGACGUGAUGGAGCAGCGGUCGGGCUCGUCCACGCCGCAGCGCUCGUGCUCGGCCGCCGGCUUGCACCGGCCGCGGCUGAGCAUCGACGGCGGCGCCGCCGCCGAGUGCCCGUCGCUGACGGGCUCGCUGAGCGGCUCCUUCGUGGGCAGCCUGCCCGCCGCGCUCCCGCCGCGCCUGGGCAGCCACACCAUGGACUUCUUCGAGAUGUGCGCCAGCCUCAUCAUGGCCCUGGCGCGCUGAGCCGCGCCGCGCCGCGGGCCUCCCGCGCCGCCGCCCCCCCCCGCUUCGCUCCUCCUCCUCCUCCUCCUCGUCCGCGCUAUGCGCUCUGCAGCGCAGAACCGAACCCUCCUUGCGAAGACCCCGGGCCGGCUCAGAGGGCGCAGUCCUCUCUAAGACAGCGUCGACAAAAUGAGGAGCGACCUCGAUUCACUCACCGCGGGGUGAAACGUGUAGUCCCUCGCGCCGCGGGCAGAGCCCCCGCCUGCCCUGGAAGAGCACCGAGCCGCCGCUCGCCGCUUGCUCGGGCGAAGGCCGUUUGCCUCUCUUGUUUUUUUUUUUUUUUUUUUCUUUUUUUUUUUAUUUAUUACAAUGUUAUUUUUGGUUAUUAUGAUUUACCUCAGGCCAGCCGCUGUCUCGCCGCCAGGCUCGCGUGACCCCGCCGCGGGCGGUCCCCGUCCCCGAGGCGGGCCGGGCCGCGGCUCCCUGCCCCGACGGCGGCAGGAACGGUUUCGCCCGAGCUUUUCCGUGGGGAGGAUUUUUCUUUUUUCUCCGGGAAAAUCGCCGCGGGCCGGCGGGCCCUCCAUGCACCUCGGAUGCUUUACGGACCGGGACCUCCGCCGCGCUACUGCUAAG